AUGGAUCCGAUCACUAGAGCGCAUCGAGAUAGUUCAUAUCCUAGUGAUAUUAAUAUUGAUCAUGCACAAUUUCAGGUUUUUUUACUUCAUGUUUUAUUUGAAAAAGAUUAUCCAUUAGAAUUUAUUAACGACGAAUUUGUCGAGUUUUUAUUUUGGUUAUUUGAGAUACUUUCGAGAUAUCAAUUUAUAGAUAAAGUUAAAGAAAUAAAUAUCGAAAUCAGUCAUCUUAACUGGCUGAUAGGAUUAUCUCCAAAAGUAGAGAAAUUAUGCGCAAAUAAAUCUGAUAAUAUUUUAAAGGAAUAUACAUAUUUGAAAGACGCGAUUGACUCGAUUUAUCAAGAAAUGAAGAUAAUUUAUAUAGAGAAAUAUCUUAUAAAUUUAUUUGAAAAAUAUUCGAAUGCUAAAUGGUUAGAAGUCGUUAUUCAUUUUCCAGAAACAUUUGAAGAAAAUAAUGAUCAAUUAUGCGAAUGCAUUCGCGAAAAUCAGACGUCUACUGAUAUGAACAUAAUUGAUAAAAUACAAGAAAUUAUCUUUGAAAGAGUUUUUGUAUUGCAGGAAAAAAAAUUGAAUAAAUUCUAUAAAUUAAUGUUAAAAGAGAAAUCUGAUUUAGAAAACGGUUUUAAGCAGUUAGAUGGAUAUUUAUAUAGAGCAGAAAUAUCUUGUUCUUUUCAGAAAAAAAGUCCAUAUGAAGUUUUAACUUUUAAUAAUUUAAUUGAUACAUUUAUCGACAGAUUAGAAAGAGAUGGUGGUCCUCUCAUAAAACUAGAGAUCUUUUCAAAAGUACAACAAUGCUUGUGUUGUUUUCAAGAUAUUCGUUUAGCAACUGAAAAAUUAUCAUCUUCACCUCAAAUUGAUUGGUUAAAAACAUUGUUCAUAGAGCAUAUUAUUGAGAAAUAUUCUUUGAUAUUCUCUCAUGAAAAUGAAAUAGAAAAUCUUCGUAGUAUGUUAAUGAGAGUGAAUGUGAAUAUUUUACAUUUGUUUAACAAUAUGUUUGUUUGUCAAUAUAUUGAUCAGAUCAAUCAAGCUAUCUAUAGAAAUAUGACUUCUGUGCCUAAUUAUCAGAAAAUGACUAAAGAAAAAUUUCUUCAUAUUGUUGAAUUAAUGGGUAAAGUUAGUGGAACUAAACAACUUUUAGAUCAGUUAUCCGAUGCGUCAUUAGCAAUUUGGGAUAUUCUUUUACAUGAAAUUGAAUUUUCUCAGCUUUUCAAUCGAGAAAUGGCUACAUGUGGUAUUGACCUUAAUGAAGAUGGUGUUGAGAAAACUUUAUUAUUUUUAAAUCGCAUUCGAAUACAACUAGGUAAUGAAAAUUAUGAUAAGUUUUUACAAUUUUUUCAUUGUAUUUCUAAGAAAAUAGCAAAAUCGGGUCGUAAAAGUAUCAAGCCAUUAAAUGAACUAUUGAAAGCUGUUCAUUAUCAAAAACUUUCUUUUGAACAAGCGAAUGAUAUUGUUUUGAACAUUGAUUACAUCGAUUGGCCUAAGAAAAUAAAGAAAAAAGAAUCAGAUCGAUAUCGAAUUGAUGGUCAAUCUGAUCAAACUCUUAAUAAAAUUGCCAAAGAAGCGAAAAGAUUUAAAGAAGAAGCUUUAAAAAAAGGCGUAUCAGAAGGAGAUAAAAAAUCGCAAAUUAGUCGAGAAAUUCAAGAGAUAUUAAAUAAAAAAUCUUAUCAAAAUAAUGCUUCCGAACUAGAUUUAAAUACAAUUCAAGGAAAUAUUGUUUAUGGAGAAGUAGGAUUUUUUCAACGCGAUAUUUUAGAAGAAGAAUUUAAUAAUAAAAAAAUUUUCGGUAAACGAUAUGAAAAUAGAAAAAAAUGUUUAAUUGUUGAUGAAGUUGAUAAUAUGUGUUUAGAUCGAGCUCGACAUGUUCUUUAUCUUUCUCAUGAAAUUCAAAGUUUAAAAUGGCUUGAAACAUUAUUUAUUAACAUUUGGGCUGUAGUACUUAAAACAGAGAUUAAUAAUCCUGAUGAUAUUUCUGCGCAUAUAGAAGAUAUUUCUCAAUUUAUAAAACAACAUGUUCAAAAUAAGAAUAUUUUUGUUCCUAAUUAUCUUCAUAAAUUUGUUAAUUAUAAAAUCAAACGUUGGGUUGAUAGUGUAUUUCAAGCACGAAUUAUGCGAGAAGAUGAUCAUUUUGUUUUAGAUGUAUCUAAAGCAGAUGAAUUAAAUAAUUCCAAACAGAAAACUAUUAUUGUACUUGAUAAAGAUACUGGAGUUGAACAAUAUUCCACACGAUGGAGUCAUGGUUUAGCUCAAUUUUUAGAACUAAAAUAUCGAAGAAAAUUAUCAGUUGAAAGUUUAAAAGCAGUUUUCAUGUCUAAUAAGGAAUUUUUUCAAAGAUAUAGAAAAUAUCUUUAUGGAUUAACAGGAACAUUAGGAUCAGAAAAUUCUCAAAGUUUUCUAUCAGAUUUAUAUCAAGUACAAUUUGCAGAUUUACCUACUUCGAGAAAAAUACAUUAUUUUCAACUUCCUAGUAAAGUAUCAAUUGAAUAUGCCGACUGGCUUGAUUCAAUUGCUAAACAAAGCAUUGAAGAAACGCAGAAAAGACCUGUUUUAAUUAUUUGUGAAAAUUUCGAAUCAACAAAAAAUAUUUGGAAUGAACUUGUUCGACAUGGUAUUCCUCCUCAUACCAUAGCAAAAUAUAGAAGAGAUGGAGAUAAUAUCGAAGACAGAUUUCGAAAAAAUAGAAAUCAACGAGAAAAUAAAUUAAAAGAUUUAGCAGAUGUUAUUUUAGAACAAGAAAAAAACAAUCGAGAUAAUAAAGAAGCAGCUCGACUUUCAGAAUUAAAACAAAAAAAUGAAGCGAAAGAAAAGAUUGAUGCUGUUGAAACAUCGUAUAUAAAAAAUGCUCUAUUAAAAGAAUAUAAGAAUUCGUUUAUAAAAGAAUUAACUAAGCUUUUAGAGGGAUGUUCAUUAGAUGAUUUAUUUGAAAAAUUUGUUGAAAAACCAGAAGAAACUAUUCAAAUAGGAAAAGUUUGUCUUUCAGAAAAAGAUUUUGACCUGGCUAAAAAAUGCUUUGAAAAAGGAAUUCGAUGUGGAGAUAUAUCAGGAUUCGCAAAUAUAGGACUUGCAUUUUCUAUAAUUCAAUUAAAUACGAAAGAAAAUGUUAAAAAACAAUCAAGAAAACAAUUAAAGAAAGCCAUAUAUUCUUUAGAAGCGGUUAAACGAAAUUUAAUGGCAAAUCUUAAAAUUGCCGAGAUUCUUCCUCCAUCCACUGCUGAUGUCUUAAAAAAAAUCUCUUUAAAAGAAAAUUAUUAUCAGGAACAGAUUACUGGAAAACUAGAAGUUAUUGGAUUACAUUUACAUUAUUUAAGAAAAGAUGUUGGAGACAUAGUAGAGCCAUAUGAUUUUAUACUACAGACGAACGAGGAGCAAAAAUCAACCAAAGAAAAUGCUGAAAAGGAGAGAAAUUAUAUGAUCUUUUAG